AUGGUGGAAAUGUCUCACAGCCAACAAGUGGCUCUGGCCGUGAUUCCCAAAGUGGCGGCCGGCUUGUCGAUCGUCGGUUCGUUGUUUGUGAUGAGUGACAUUUUGUCGGAACGAUUCUUUCGACAACGCAACAACAAGAAAUUGUCGCCCUAUCAACGAUUGCUGUUUGGCAUGUCGACAUUUGAUCUCAUGAUGAGUACGGGACUGUUUGUGGGAACGUGGGCCAUGCCCGCCGAAGCUCCCGUUUACGGCAGUAUGGGGACCAUUCAGACAUGUGAAGUGGAAGGCUUUUAA